AUGAUGGAUCGAUCAGAAGAUUGUGAGUUACCNUUGGGUGAUAUCGAAGUUGAUAACGAAGGUCGUGCUGUUAUCGUUGAGUUUCAUAUUGCUGAAGUUGAUUCAACAACCGAGGACGGUGAUAAGCCAAGUACAAGUCAAAGUUCAUGUGUGGAGCUUCAAGAUCGACUAGAGAAAUUGGUAAUCAUAAAUGUCUAUUGUCCUCGUUAUAAUCUGGACAAUACGGAGCGUUUCGAGUUCAAACUGAGGUUUCAUCAACUUUUGAGUGCUCGAGUGCAAGAGUAUAGAUCGAGCGGUUAUCAUGUUAUCAUUAUUGGUGAUGUGAACAUUGCUCAUAAGGCAAUUGAUCAU